AUGACCUUCGUCACCGCCCUUGUCGUCGCGGUUGCCAUACACACAGUUGUCGGCAGUAUCAAGACUCCGCUGGCCUCCGCACCCAUCUCAGACCGUAACAUCACCCGCAUAUCUUCAAAUUCGACCAGCCGUGAACCCAACGGACUACACCCCACGGUGGCCUUCUGGGACGAUGAUUAUGCCGCGGAGGAGGAUUGGAACAAGAAUGCAGCCAAAGGAGGCGCCCUGAUCUGUGGUCUCGAAGGCUCUGAUCAGACCGCAGGCCGUCAGAUGAAAGAUACUCGCGAACCCCCAUCUGCUGCAAGGCCUUACAAUAGUGACCUCAAGAUAGAGCUUCAGGACUGGUACUGGCGAGAAACUAGCUCAUCGUCGUUCAGCUGCAGCUUUUCUGAGCACUGGCAUUUCUCACAUGCGAUGCGCUCACUUGGUCUCGACGGACGGCCGACUUCAGCAGGCGGAGAUAACCAGUGCUAUAGGGUCGAGCAUUGGGACCCAGAGAAAAGAGAUAAUGAGGGCAACCAGAUCCCGGCUAUCAAUCAGUGGUACAGCACAGCAGGUAACAACAAGCAAUACAGAGCAACAAAGGCGCAUUUUGAAUUCGGAAUCAACACCAAAGGAGGCGCUAUCUAUGGUCUCUUCCUUGAAAGCCCUCAAGCAUCCGCCAAGACUAUCUGGGGCGGUGGUACGAAGGAGCCGAACAAAGACGACCUACCUCAACUUCGCGCUUUCUCAGACAUCAUCUGGGGAUUUUGGGUUCGUAACAACCCCAAUAUCAAGAACAUUCGCUACUUCUUCAUGAUAGCCAUCUCCAACGAGGUGACUAAUCAAAUCAUCGCUUCUUGUCUACGCGACCGUAACACCGAACUAAGCGAGUGGCCGGGAACCGACUUCUCUACCACUACGGAUCAGGGCCAUGCGCUACUAGGCAAGUCGCGAUCUCCAAACGGUGCUGGGUUCGCUUACUUUCUCAUGCAGCACAAAUUACAACUUGGCCAAAAGACCAUCAGCAAGAUCACUAUCUUCAGGCCGGAAACAGACGACGACGUCAGCCUUGUCGACGCAUCUCUGUGUUUCCACGUGGUCGAUGGCCCGCAGCCACCACCUGACGAUGCUCAUGUGGAAGGGACUGAUCGCCUGAAAGCUCGACUUGUGCAAGAGACAAAUUCAAAAGAUUCAUCCCCCAACAGCCUGGUCAGGGUCCACGAGAUCUAUAUGUAG